AACUGAUGCAUUCGUAAAGCCACGUUGAAAGAAUUGGUAUGGGCGGGCACUUGAGGAGGACCGGGAGUAGGAAGGCGAGGAGAAUUGGGCGGAGAUUGGACGGCUGUAGACUUGCAGCGAGUUGUGUUGCGAGUGUGGAGCGUCGUGCCCUGCGGGUGUAUAGAGAAGAGCGGAAUACCUUCCACUAGACAGCAGCAUGUCUUCUCCGCCUAAAGAGAAGCCGGACACCAAGGCUGGACACCCACCUGCCGUAAAAGCUGGAGGAAUGAGAAUUGUGCAAAAGCAUCCACAUACAACUCAGCCAGAAGUAAAAGAGGAGAAAGAUGAGGAAGCUGAGCAGUGGGAAAGUGGCAUUGUUCAACCCAGACCACCUCUGAUAAUCUCUGGUGCUAUUGCAAGGGGUGACAAGGACUUCCCACCUGCUGCUGCACAAGUUGCUCAUCAAAAACCACAUCCCUCUGUGGAGAAGAUGCCCGCUGCCCAUCAUGUUAACCAGCACAUUCAUCAGCCUCGCAAGUAAUGAGACAGUCUAAAAGACGCUUAGAUAUGCAUCUAUAAUUCAAGAGGAUGCAAAAGAGUUCCUCUUGUAAAUUAUGGACUUUAAGAGAAAAAUUCAACGGCUUUGUAUUACAACUUUUGCUUACAUUCAAAUAUUCAAUUAAUUUUUAAAUUUAGGAAAAUAAAUCCUAGCAAAAUUUUGCUUUUUACCAAGUAUUUGAAAUCCAAAAAUAAUUAAAACGAUAACAGACAAUUUUGUCAUUGCGAAGCAUGUUGCAUUUGAUUAGUAAUCUUAGAUCAUGGUUGUGAUUGCCCUUUUAGGCUUAAAGCUGUUAUGGCAUCACUUCUAGCUCAAUGGUUGUAGCAGUUUCAAAUGGUAAUGAAUUGGUUCUACCUGGCUGUAUUGACUGGUGAUUAACACUAAAAGAAUUGUGGAGAGUCUUAAAGAAUAUAUGACAGCCGCUAUGGGGUGUGAUUGUUUUAUAUUUAAUCAUUUUGACAAAAAACGCUUUCUGUGUAUGGCCAGCAUUUGGUUUAUAAAUAAAGAUGCCAAAAAAAAAAA